AUGGUCCCCCUGCAACAGCCACCCAACGGCCCCCCAACGGCUGCUGCUUGUGGCCAGGGGCUCCGUCCCAUCCCUGGCCUGGCUGGAGGGGUGCCUGAGGGCUGGUUGUGGGCAGCGUCGCGGUAUGAAUAUCCCGGCGCUCCUGGGAUGUCUUUGAGCUUGGAUCACUCCUCCAUCUUAGAAGAAGCCGAGCAGUUAAGAAAGGAUGAAGAAUACCUACCACAGACGGAUGAGCGAAACAAAAUGCUGAAAGAAAAAUUAGUCUCUCGUCUCCGGUUUGAACAAGAGAGGACAGAGGUACUGCUUAUGGUAAAAGGCAGGUAUAUGGUGUGUGAAGCAGCUGGCGGCAGUGAAAAAGACAGCAGUGAACUGUCAUCCUCUGUAGAGAAGAAAUACCCUAUUCUUCGCACAGCAGUUUACAGAGCAAGCACAGAAAGGAAACACAAAGCAACAAUAAAAGAGGAAGAACCAAUUGAUGAUGAUGUUGUAAUGCAUAUUUUGAGGCUUCGGGGCAAACUUGGCUGGCAAACAAAGUUACCAUCGUGUGAACAGUUAGCUAGAGAGGCUGAUGUGUCCAGACUUCAGAAGUUCACAGUUAUGAGACCGUUAUUGCUAAAAGAUACUGGGGAAUAUAUAUAUUGUCUUCAACGAAACAGGAACAACUUUAAAGCUCCCUACAACCCAUACGAUUUACAGGCUGUCUCUACAAAUGCAGCUAUGAAAAACAAAGAAUAUUGGACCGUUACAGCUUCAUUUGUGUCUAAGAAUGGAGGAACAAAUGCAUUAGCCUUGCCCACUUCACUAGACUCCCUAAAAGACCCAGGACACCAUCACCUCCUGGCUUACCAGUUCACUGUGGAACAGCAAUCUACCACACCAGCAAGGACAAAGUCAGUCACAAAAGCCGGUGUCCUGCUGUGCCAGCUCCGUGAUUGA